AUGUCAUUCAAUAUCACUAGUUUAGCUAAAGGUAAAUGGAUCAGAGCCAAUCACUUGGAGGAGCCUGGUUAUGAUCAAGAAUUGGUUGAUUGGAGUGAAAAACUUGUCGACUUGGUUAUUGUAAUGGACAAUACUUCAUCAAUGAGUGGCGAGAUCAAAAUUGCCAAAGAUACAGUUCAAUCGAUCAUUACAACAUUGCACGACCACUUUCAAUCAGAUUUGAGAUUUUCAGCAGUUAGUUACAGAGACCACACCGAUGACUAUGUUGUGAAGGAAUAUCCAUUCACAAAGAAUGUUGAAAAAGCAAAAGGUUAUGUCAAUGAAAUGUUUGCUAAAGGGGGAGGAGACAUGCCUGAGGCCUUGGCUUCGGCAUUAAAGGUCGUCAAUGAAAUUCCAUUCAAUAAGAAGGGUAGAAAGAUAUGUAUUUGGAUUGCAGACGCUCCACCUCAUGGAAUGGGAGCAAGUGGAGAUUACUUCCCAGAUGGAUGUAAGGAUGAACAGGGAGAAAUCAUUGAUUGGAUCAAAUUGGCUUCUCAUUUGCAGGAAAAGAAUGUCGUAUUCUAUUCCAUUAUUUGUGGAAGAUCAAAGAAUGAUCAACAAUUAUCCUUAUUCAUGGAUUAUUUGGCUACCAAGACAGAUGGAAAAUGCAUGUUAUUAACUGAGGCCAAUAAGAUUCCAAAUCUGAUUAUCAAUGGAUGUAUUGAAGAUGAACAAAUGGAUCGUCUUGUUGAGGAGAGGAUUAAAGAGCUUGGAAAGGAGAAUGCCAAGGCAAUGAAAGAAGAAGAGUUGAUUGCUCACGUUCAUAAAUUAACAUUGGAAGCCAAGGUUCCACAAGUCCACAAUUACAAAGUCUCCUCAAGCAGGACUGGAGCCCUACUGGCAUGCUCAUCAAUGUCUUCAGUUGAUAGAAAUUGGUACUCAACAGCUACCAAUGCAUUCCAAGCUGAAGGAGCAUCUGACAACCCGUUCUCUGUUGGUUCGGUUUCAGUUGCACCUCCAACAACUGAUCAAUUAAAGAAGGCAUGUGCAAGAAACCUUAGAAAAUAA